GCCUCCCUCUGUUCGCAUGUAUUUCACAAGACCCACUUAUAAAUAAAUGACUACUAUACUGGAUAAGGAAGGGCCAAAACUGGGGUGAAUUGAGUUGGGCGCAGAAUGCAAAAAGGUGCCCCCGAAGUCUGUGAUCCAGAUACAUAUAUUUUAAUGCAGUGUAUUUAAACGUCAAAAAUAAUGCAAAAGAAAUACAUGAUUGACAAAAUCUCAUUAUUUUAAAUAAAGACAGAAUCGGUAACCAUGCCAUGCUGAGCCGUAUUGGAGCGUGAGGCCAAAGGAAAUACUAGUAAUACACACCCUAUGACUUCAGGUAGCCAGAUGGGGAACGAUAUUCUUGGUACUGAGCCAGAUAAUGCAAAGAUGAGAACAUGAAAAGAGCCUCUGGUUAAGAUGAAACUGGAGAGUUUUAAGUUCUUCCAGGCAUGAAGCAGUAAUUGUCCUUACUCAAAACAUUGCCAAUUAAGAUGGGACCACAAGCCAAGGCCUAAAAGAAAUUCCCAGACCCUGAUUGUCAGAAAAGAAAAGCUGGAUCCGUAUCAUUGACCCUACACACUUUAGUUAACUGAAGCCUUGUGCUCCCUGAUUUAUUAAUUAUGAGAUCGAAGAGAGUAUCAUUUUUAUAGCUUAGGACUUUUUAUCUUGACCCCACAAAAAUAUUCUUUGUUGGAAGACGGUGACGGCUAUCUAUCUCAAUAUCAAAGUCCACGGUAGUCUCUAUUAGUCUGUCAGUAAUGGACUUUAAUGGAUUCUCUUUUAGAGCCCCCGUCUCUAUCCAUAGGUUAAAGUCCAUGAAACCAUUGCACUUGUGCCUUGUAACAUACGGGGAAAACAAAAGAGAAUGAAAAUGAACUCAGCUAGCCCGUGGUGCCUGAGCAUCUAGGCAGUUCUUCAGUCAUCAUGGGUAUCCGAGGACUAAUGAGUUUUGUAGAAGAUCAUAGUAAUGAGUUCUUCACUGAUUUGAAGGUGCAGGACACAAAAAUUGUCAUUGACGGCUAUGCUCUCUUCCACCGGCUUUGCUUCAACUCAAACUUGGAACUUCGAUAUGGAGGGGACUAUGACUCUUUUGCAGAUGUUGUACAAAAAUUCUUUGAAUCACUGUUUGCUUGUAAUAUCUGUCCAUAUGUUGUGUUAGACGGAGGAUGUGACAUUUCAGAUAAAAAGCUUAAAACUUUAAAGGAUCGAGCCAGAGAGAAGAUCCAGAUGGCUCAUUCCCUUUCUGUUGGUGGGGGUGGGUAUGUGUGUCCCUUGCUCAUCCGGGAAGUGUUCAUACAGGUUUUAAUCAAGCUACAGGUGUGUUUUGUCCAGUGCUUUUCAGAAGCAGAUCGGGACAUUAUGACACUGGCUAAUCAUUGGAAUUGCCCUGUGUUAUCGUCAGAUAGUGACUUUUGCAUUUUUGACCUAAAAACUGGGUUUUGCCCACUGAAUAGCUUUCAGUGGAGAAAUGUGAGCACUAUCAAAGGCACAGGAGACUGCUAUAUCCCUGCCAAAUGCUUUUCCAUUGACGCGCUCUGCCGUCACUUCAGCAAUAUGAAUAAAGCUCUCUUACCUCUCUUUGCGGUGCUGUGUGGAAAUGAUCAUAUCAAUCUACCCAUCAUGGACACAUUCUUAAGUAAAGUCCGUCUGCCUCUUGGAGCUACCAGUUCAAAGGGGAGGAGACACCACCGAGUUUUGGGACUUCUGAAUUGGUUAUCUCAUUUUGCCAACCCUACCGAAGCACUAGAUAACGUUCUGAAAUAUCUCCCAAAAAAGGAUCGAGAAAAUGUGAAGGAAAUUCUCUGCUGUUCCAUGGAAGAAUACCAGCAAUCCCAGGUGAAGUUGCAGGACUUCUUCCAGUAUGGUACUUAUGCCUGUCCUGCCGCCUUGAAUCUGGAUUUACCAGAAUGGGUAUUAGUGGCAUUGGCCAAAGGCCAGCUAUCUCCUUUCAUCAGCGACGCUUUGGUGCUAAGACGGACCAUUCUUCACACACAGGUGGAAAAUAUGCAGCAACCAAAUGCCCACAGAAUAUCUCUGCCCAUCCGUCAAAUCAUCUAUGGGCUUCUUUUGAAUGCUUCCCCACAUCUGGAAAAUGUGUCCUGGAAUGCGUUGCCUUCUCAGCCUCCAGCUUUCAGUGAAGUGGAAAGGAUUAAUAAAAAUAUCAAGACAUCAAUUGUUAAUGCAGUAGAACUGCCCAAGGAUUAUUCUGACUUAAGCAAAUUGACUGAGCUCUCCUUGGCCAAAAGGCAGAUACUUCUGUUAGAAACCCUGAAGGUGAAACAGACCAUCCUGGAGCCAAUCCCUUCUUCAUUGAAGUUGCUUGUUUCAGUCAGUUGCUACUGGUUGCAGCACACAGAGGCCAAGGCAAAGCUACAUCACCUGCAGGCCUUACUGCUAGGGAUGCUGAUGGGGCCCUUGCAUGUCAUAAUCAACAGCCCUGAUAAGGAAGAUCUGCGGGAGGAUGGUGCUAGGAUGUUGUAUGAAGAGUUCCAGAGAGUGAAGGAGCAGACACGGCCGGGCACGAGACUGGACUUAGACACAGCUCACAUCUUCUGUCAGUGGCAGUGCUGUCUGCAGAUGGGGAUGUAUCUCAAUCAGCUGCUGUCCGCUCCUCUCCCGGAACCAGACCUAACUCGACUGUACAGUGGAAGCCUGGUACACGGACUGUGCCGACAACUGCUAACAUCGACUUCUGUAGAAAGUCUCCUGAGCAUGUGCCCUGAGGCGAAGCAACUUUAUGAACAUCUGUUCAAUGCCACAAGGUCAUAUGCCUCUGCCGAAUUAUUCCUACCAAAGGGUAAAUCAAAUUCAAAAAAAAAAAGGCAAAAGAAACAAGGUACCAGCUGGUCAAAGAACAGAGUGGGAACCACCUCAGACACUAAAUGCUGGUACGAGGGAAGCAAUCGGUUUGGGCUACUAACGGUUGAAAACUUGGAAGAACAUAUUGAGCUCUCAGAGCUUGAAUAAACUCGGUCUUCAACAAAAUGUACAGUUUUUUCUUUUUUUUUUUAAAGUAGGCUGCAUACCUAAUGUGGGGCUUGAACUCACAACUCUGGGAUCAAGAGUCCCAGAUGCUCUACUGACUGAGCCAGCCAGGCACCCCCAGAUGUGUAAUUCUUAAAACUUUGAUUACCUCCCUUCAAAUGAUUAACUUUUUUCUUUACAACUAAUCUGUUAGGGGAUAAACAUUGUAAGAGGCGAUCUUUGAAUUCGAGGGUAUUUUGUAUUCUGUUUUUAAUAAAUACAAUCUGAUUUAAGAAA